AUGGGCGGUUCAUCACGCCGUCAGCGAAGUACGUCGGCGACGAGACGAGACGAUAAACGAAGACGAAGACAGUGCUUCUCUUCGGUAGCCGACGACGAAGAAGAGACGACGUCAAUUUAUGGAGUGUCGUCCAUAUUCAUCUGGAUACUUGCAACAUCAUCACUGAUUUUGGUGAUCAGUUCACCAUCGUCCAACACCUCAAUCCAAUCAUCGUCAUACGAUCGGAUCACGACAAAACAUCUUCUGGACAAUAUAUCACCGACAUUUAAAAUGUACACGGACAGCAAUAAUAGGAACUUUGAUGAAGUCAACCAUCAGCAUCAACAAGAACAAGAUUUCAAUGGCCAAUCCAAAUAUGAUUAUCCACAAUUCAACCGUCCAAUGGGUCUCCGUUGGCGUGAUGAUCAACGGAUGAUGGAGUAUUUCAUGUCGAAUGGUCCAGUAGAAACUGUUCCAGUUAUGCCAAUACUCACCGAGCAUCCACCAGCAUCUCCAUUCGGUAGAGGACCAUCUACAGAACGUCCAACCACAUCAUCUCGAUACGAGUACAGUUCGCCUUCUCUCGAGGAUAUCGACUUGAUUGAUGUGCUAUGGAGAAGUGAUAUUGCUGGAGAGAAGGGCACACGACAAGUGGCUCCUGCUGAUCAGUACGAAUGUGAUUUGCAGACGUUGACAGAGAAAUCGACAGUAGCGCCACUCACUGCCGAAGAGAAUGCUCGAUAUGAAGAUCUUUCGAAAGGAUUCUAUAAUGGAUUCUUCGAGUCGUUCAAUAACAAUCAAUAUCAGCAGAAACAUCAGCAACAACAACGAGAACAAAUAAAGACACCAACUCUUGAACAUCCAACUCAAAAAGCCGAAUUGGAAGAUGAUCUGUUUGAUGAAGAUCUUGCUCAGCUUUUCGAGGAUGUUUCAAGAGAAGAAGGACAAUUGAAUCAACUUUUUGAUAAUAAGCAACAACAUCCAGUUAUCAAUAAUGUUUCUCUGUCGGAAGGAAUUGUUUAUAAUCAGGCAAAUUUGACCGAGAUGCAAGAGAUGCGUGAUUCCUGCAAUCAAGUUUCCAUUUCAACAAUUCCAACAACAUCGACUGCUCAACCAGAGACUUUGUUCAAUGUAACCGAUUCACAGACUGUCGAACAGUGGCUUCCAACAGAAGUUGUACCAAACGAUGUGUUCCCAACAUCCAACUACGCCUACAUUGGAAUGCAAAACGACAGUCUUCAAGCAGUUGUAUCAAAUGGACAGAUUGACUAUGAUCAUUCCUAUCAAUCCACUGGUCAGACUCCACUGUCUCCUCUCAUCAUUGGAUCUUCAGGACGUCAACAGCAGACUCAAACGAGCCCAGGAAGCGUCACAGUGACUGCAACAGCUACUCAAUCGUUGUUCGAUCCAUAUCACUCACAGAGACACUCGUUUAGUGAUUGCACUACUGAUUCGUCAUCAACGUGCUCUCGCCUCUCUUCGGAAUCUCCACGAUACACGUCAGAGAGCUCAACCGGAACUCACGAGUCUCGUUUCUACGGAAAGUUGGCUCCAUCCAGUGGAUCACGCUACCAACGAUCAUCGUCUCCACGUUCAUCACAAUCUUCGAUUAAGAUCGCGAGAGUUGUUCCACUGGCCAGCGGACAACGGAAGCGUGGACGUCAAUCCAAGGAUGAGCAGCUCGCCAGUGACAACGAGCUUCCAGUGUCGGCGUUCCAGAUUUCGGAGAUGUCAUUAAGCGAGUUGCAACAAGUGUUGAAGAACGAGAGUCUCAGCGAGUAUCAAAGACAGUUGAUUCGCAAGAUUCGUCGACGCGGAAAGAACAAGGUUGCUGCCCGCACUUGCCGUCAAAGACGCACGGAUCGUCACGACAAGAUGUCCCAUUACAUCUGAGAAGCCCUCUUUUAUCACAUAAAAUCUCGGUCGAAACCUUAUUAAAGCCACAUAAUUAAAGAUAAUUAAUUCCGCCACAAUAAUCGUUUUUUUCUUCUUUGCCGUGUCUCAUUUCAUUUUGAUCUACUCUUUCCUCCCUUCGGAUUCUUUGAUUUCCCAGUGAAAUACCUCACCCACUUCAAUCCCCACAAAGUGAGCAACCCCUAUCUUGCAACAGUUUUAUCAUCUCUUCAUCAUACCCAGUUUGAUAAUUUAUUAUCUGAUCCCCAUCCCCUUGUCGCCUCUCAUUAGUAUCCUAGUUUUUCAUUUGAGCCCGGAGCUCAGACUACAUCUCCGAAUCAUCAUACAAAUAGAUAGAAACGGGUCUCGUGACGAAAGAAUACGUGCACCACACGACCCCCCCAUCCUGUUCACCCCCAUACACCUGAAAAAUAUGAUCUUUACAGUUAUUUCUAUUAUAUCCUCAAAUCUCUCGUAAUAUCGUAUCAAUUUCCUCUUCUUUUUUGUCAUUUUCAAUUUUUCUCAAAUUUCUCAGAUCUAUUCUUUUUCUUGUAUUUUUGGAACUUGUAUCCCUCCUCCAUCCCCAGACUUCCCCUUCCCAGUUACUCUUGUACAUUUUCAUAUAUGUCCAUAUAUCGUUUGAAUCUCUCAUUUAUGGAAAUAAAUUUGAAAAAAUCAAUCAUUGAAAAGCAAAAAUUUCAUUCAAAUAAAAUGAUGUUGGUGAA